AGGAAGGAAGGAGGGUGGUGUGGCACUGUGGCUUCUUUUCUUUUCCCCCCCUCUUCACCUCUCUUUUCUUGCGGCCUAUGCUUAGCAUCUUUAUUUACUUUUUCUCUCUUUUUUUUUUCAGACCCAUUCUUGACCUUAGUUCUUGGAAAUUACUAAAUUAAGUUUCUUUUGUUGAUUUUGGUUCUCUUUUCUUGAAUAGUUGAAUUAUCUUUGCUUUCCACUCUUCCUUUAUCUCUUUCCAUUGUUGAGCUUAAAUUCUACUCUGCUGAAUUCCCUGAUUCCUGAAUCCUUAUAGAGAUUUGUUUCUCUGGCAUUUGAUCAUUUCACCAGAAAGUGGUGCCCUUUUUUCUUGGCAAUUCAACUUCUUUUCUUCUCCCCUUGCUUUCUCUUUCCCCAAGAGCUCGAAUUCCGCCAAUAAUUCUUUGCUGCUGAUCAAAAAAAAAUCUCGUCUUUCUGGAUUUCCCAUUUCCAAGAUUUCAACUUUCCUCAAAAUCCCAACUUCUGGCUCUUAAUGGUCUAGUUUCUUGUGUGCAUUUUGCUCCUGCUUAUUGGCAAAGAUCAAGAAAGCUCUAAAAAUUUCCCCUUUGUGUGUUGAUUUUGUUUGUGAAUUUUAGCACACUUUGGGUUUUGAUUCCAUGGGACUGUGUCAUGGGAAACCAAUUGAAGCCCAGAAAAGGUUCUCUGAGGACUCAGUGAUCCCCAAUGAGAAUGAGCCUUCAUGGAGUUCCCACACUUCAAAAACUCCAAAGUUCCCCUUUUACAGCCCAAGCCCUCUGCCUAGUGCUUUCAAGAACUCACCUGCUAAUUCCAGUGUUAAUUCCACCCCUCUGCGCUUGUUCAAGAGGCCAUUCCCACCACCUUCACCAGCCAAGCACAUAAAGGCAUUGCUUGCCAGGAGACAUGGCUCAGUGAAGCCUAAUGAGGCCACAAUCCCUGAAGGGAGUGAGUGUGAUAUUGGGUUGGAUAAAAACUUUGGCUUCUCCAAGAAUUUUGAAAGCCAUUAUGAGCUUGGGGAAGAAGUGGGAAGGGGGCAUUUUGGGUAUACUUGUGCUGCCAAGGGAAAGAAAGGGAGCUUGAAGGGCCAGGAUGUGGCAGUCAAAGUCAUCCAAAAAUCAAAGAUGACUACAGCAAUUGCCAUAGAAGAUGUGAGGAGAGAAGUCAAUAUAUUGCGUGCGUUAACGGGACAUAGAAACCUAGUGCAUUUCUACGAUGCAUAUGAUGAUGAAGAAAACGUCUAUAUAGUAAUGGAGUUAUGUAAAGGAGGGGAAUUACUCGACAGGAUACUUUCUAGGGGUGGCAAAUACUCGGAAGAAGAUGCUAAAGUUGUUAUGGUGCAGAUUCUAAACGUCGUUGCAUAUUGUCAUCUUCAAGGAGUGGUUCACCGAGACCUAAAACCCGAGAAUUUUCUUUUUACGACGAAGGAUGAGCGUUCUCCUCUGAAGGCCAUUGACUUUGGACUUUCUGAUUAUGUAAAACCGGAUGAAAGGCUAAAUGAUAUUGUUGGAAGCGCAUAUUAUGUGGCCCCUGAAGUCUUGCAUAGAUCAUAUGGAACCGAAGCUGACAUGUGGAGUAUAGGUGUGAUUGCGUAUAUUCUUCUUUGUGGAAGCAGACCUUUCUGGGCACGGACAGAAUCUGGAAUCUUUCGGGCGGUCCUCAAGGCUGAUCCAAGCUUUGAUGAAGCCCCGUGGCCCAAUUUGUCCCCCGAUGCAGUAGACUUCGUUAAGAGAUUGUUGAACAAGGAUUACCGCAAGAGGCUAACUGCUGCUCAGGCUCUUAGUCAUCCUUGGUUAGUGGGCCACCAUGAUAUCAAAAUACCUCUGGAUACGAUUAUAUACAAGCUUGUAAAAGCUUACAUAUGUUCCUCGUCUCUACGAAAAACAGCGUUGAAGGCUCUUGCAAAGACAUUAACCAUACAACAGUUGGCUUAUCUCCGGGAACAAUUUACAUCGUUAGGGCCAAACAAAAGCGGAUGUGUAUCUCUACAAAACUUCAAAACGGCUAUGGCAAAGUUCGCCACUGAUGCAAUGAAGGAUUCGAGGGUUUUGGAUUUUGUCAAUACAGUGAGUUCUCUCCAAUAUAGGAAACUGGAUUUCGAAGAAUUCUGUGCUGCAGCGAUAAGUGUUCAUCAGUUAGAAGGAAUGGACAGCUGGGAACAGCAUGCUCGACGUGGCUACGAGUUUUUCGAGAAGGAUGGAAACAGGCCUAUCAUGAUCGAGGAACUCGCUUCGGAGCUCGGCCUGAGCCCUUCGGUUCCAGUUCACGUAGUUCUGCAGGACUGGAUCAGACACUCGGAUGGAAAGCUCAGUUUCUUGGGGUUCGUUCGUCUUCUGCAUGGUCUUUCUGCCCGUGCCCUUCAAAAAGCUUAAGACUAUAACUUCGCCGGGGGGCUACCUCGAGUCUUUCUCUUUGAUUCUGUGUUUGGACCGACCAUUCUUUCUCAGAGAUAAAAAGCAUUCCUGAGAAGCACAGCUUGAAGAUCAAGAAGCUCCAACAUCUUCACUUGUCAGUAUGCAAAUUUUAUUUUAUUUUUUGUUUUCUUUGAUUAUGUGAUGCCAUGAAGCAUAGAGGAAUGUACAGAAGAGAUAGAUUAUAUGACAAGAAUGUAUGUAGGGUUAGUAAACAGCACCAUGCUGAAAUGAGGUUUGGUGGCAUGCAGGUGUAUUCCUUGUGCACUCAAUUCCUUACUACUUAUUUUGUUGGUUGUUGUGUUCUAUAUAUAUUCUGAGUAUAUAUACCAUUGUAUCGGGUAAAUUUCGUUUCUGUGUAAUCAGAUAGGAAGAUCCUGUCUAACAGGAGAGAAUGUUGGCAAGAAUCGAACUCGUGAUUUUUUAAUA